AUGGAGAUACUAAGUGAUCACUCACAGGAUGGAGAGGGAGGAGUCGAAGAUAUCUCCCAAGUAUCUGACCUGGAUACUGGUCUAAAUGAUCGGGCUGAACAACGAACCUGUCUCAUUUGUGGGGACCGUGCCACAGGAUUGCACUAUGGAAUCAUCUCCUGUGAGGGAUGCAAAGGGUUUUUCAAGCGGAGCAUUUGCAACAAGCGGGUGUAUCGGUGCAGUCGUGACAAGAACUGUGUCAUGUCUCGGAAGCAGAGGAACAGGUGCCAGUACUGCCGCCUGCUCAAAUGCCUCCAGAUGGGGAUGAAUCGGAAGGCAAUCAGAGAAGAUGGCAUGCCCGGAGGCCGGAAUAAGAGCAUUGGGCCGGUCCAGAUAUCAGAGGAGGAGAUCGAAAGGAUCAUGUCUGGGCAGGAAUUUGAGGAAGAGGCCAAUCACUGGAGCAACCAUGGUGACAGCGACCACAGUUCCCCUGGGAACAGGGCCUCAGAGAGCAACCAGCCCUCACCGGGCUCCACACUGUCCUCCAGGUCUGUGGAACUAAAUGGAUUCAUGGCAUUCAGAGAGCAGUACAUGGGGAUGUCUGUGCCUCCACACUAUCAAUACAUACCGCACCUUUUUAGCUAUUCCGCCCACUCGCCACUUCUGCCCCCACAAGCUCGCAGCCUGGAUCCUCAGUCGUACAGUCUGAUUCACCAGCUGGUAUCAGCGGAGGACCUGGAGCCAUUGGGCACGCCCAUGUUGAUUGAAGAUGGGUAUGCUGUGACUCAGGCAGAGCUGUUUGCCCUGCUUUGCCGCCUAGCUGAUGAGCUGCUCUUUAGGCAGAUUGCUUGGAUCAAGAAACUGCCUUUCUUCUGCGAGCUCUCAAUCAAGGAUUACACGUGCCUCCUGAGCUCUACAUGGCAAGAAUUAAUCCUGCUGUCUUCCCUCACUGUUUAUAGCAAACAGAUCUUUGGGGAGCUGGCUGAUGUCACUGCCAAGUAUUCACCCUCUGAUGAGGAACUACACAGAUUUAGUGAUGAAGGGAUGGAGGUGAUCGAGAGGCUCAUCUACCUAUAUCACAAGUUCCAUCAGCUAAAGGUCAGCAAUGAAGAGUACGCUUGCAUGAAAGCAAUUAACUUCUUAAAUCAAGAUAUCAGGGGUCUGACCAGUGCCUCACAGCUGGAACAACUGAACAAGCGAUAUUGGUACAUUUGCCAGGAUUUCACUGAAUAUAAAUACACACAUCAGCCGAACCGCUUUCCUGACCUCAUGAUGUGCUUACCUGAGAUUCGCUAUAUUGCAGGAAAGAUGGUGAAUGUACCCCUGGAGCAGCUGCCUCUCCUCUUUAAGGUGGUACUGCAUUCCUGCAAGACAAGUGUGGGCAAGGAAUGA